AUUUGCACUUCAAAUACACCCGAGGUCCGAGGCUGCAGACGGGCAUUCAAGAUUGUAAAUCCGAGCCGCCGAAAACUCAAAAGCCGCGGCUGCAGCGACGCCCAAUCCCGUCGUCAACCUUAAACCGUUGAAAAUAUUGGAGGCCAUCAUCAAAGAUGGCGGCCGCCUGCCCCGGGAAUCGAGCGCUGCCAUUAUCAAAGAUGGCCACCGCCUCCGUCCCACACUGGACCUUCAAAAUGUUAACACUGAUCUCGCUCCACAGAUGCUGCCAGACCUGCUGAGCUUUUCCAGCAACCUCCGUUUAUGUGUGCCUGCCUGCGUCCGGUCAGGUGAUUCCACUUUGAAAGAUAACAAAGUUAGACAAGCAGGAGGCAGAAAGGGCACAGCAAGCCGGACAGCAUCGGUAGAUGCGGAACUGAAGGCUCAUGAUCAGAAAGAUGGCGAUCACUAGAACCUCGAGCGCUACCAUCAUCAAAGAUGGUGAUCAACCGCGAACCGCAGAGGGUGCCGCCACGAUCAAAGAUGGCGACCACCCAACGGUGGCGAUGUGCCGCCAUGAUCAAAGAUGGGGGCGAACAGCUGGGCGGGUUUUCUCGAGGCUCGGCGGGAGGACGACGGAGAUGGCGGGGAAAAUAAACACCGAGGAAUGUGCAGAGCUGGCUGUUAAACUCGCCGCUGUCAACAAAACUCUCGAGUUCUCACUACAAAAGCUAAAUGAAUCUGAGAAAGUGAUGAAGAAAUCAAUUCAGUGUCAAGAAUACCUAAAUCAGGGUUUAUCGGAGUCCUAUAUCAUGUCAUCCUUUCCACUAAAAGCUGGGAGGGUCCUCCAUUUGAAACUGUCUGGACAUGCCAAAGGAAACAAAACCAGGAGACAGUUACAUUUAUCCCAGGAGGUUAGCAUGCAUAUAGGGCAGCCAGCAAGCUCACCUAUUCCUGUCACUGUGGAUAUAGUGAGAAAAUUACAAUACUGGUAUGAGAUGCACAUUAAUCAGGCAUUGUCAGUCUGUGAAAACACAGUAAGCAGCCAUACAUGACAUGGUUUGACAUUAGAACACUGUUUCCACUAAAAAUGUGUACGAGAGUGUUGCUCUGAAGAUAUUUCAUGAGAUGACAAGGAGCUAUAAUUCGUUAAUUAUCUGCAAGAACUCAGUGGCUGGCAGAGCUGUGGAGGAUAUGGAAAAGAGAUGGAAUGGAUGAUAAUGGAGGCAAUCAUUAAUAAUUCCUAGAGCAGUCUCAGACUCCUGAAAUAAUGUGCUCAUCUAUUCCUUCAACUUUGUCACUCCAAAUAUACCUUUGUAUGACUCUGUCCAACACAGCCCAAAAAUAAAACUACCU